AUGGAUAAGGAUACUGGUCGACUAGAUGACAGCGAAAAGAUAGAUCCAUCGAAGGUCCACAAACCAACUGGUUUGCCAUUGAACAGCAACGGUGAGCUUGAUCCACAGAGCUUAUUCGAAUUGGUGUCUAAGCACUAUAAUUCUUGGCUGAAUGCAAUAGAUAAACAAUUCGAAGACGAUGAGAAUUUCCUGCCGUUUCCGAAUGAGAAUAUGCCCAGCAUCAGCAGAAGCGAUGCCAACGGUUCUCAGCAGCCUAUAUUUGAUUACAGCUUACUCGAAGCCUUGGAUAAGGUGUCGUCAGAAUUGGUACGAGAUCAAAAGAUCCAAGACGUGACAGAAGAAGCUGAAGAAGUAGAGGGGAACGGGAAUGGUAAACUGGAUGGAUUGUCAGAGAAAAAGAUGGCCGAAAUUAAGAAAAUGGAAGUCAUUGAGAGAAUUCAGAGGAAGUACUUAGCCAAGAGAGAACAAGAAAAGAAGAGACAACGGUCUCAGGAACAAACCCUGUCACAGCCUCAACAGAGAGCUCUUGACGACAACAACACUCUCCUCCAAGAGUCAGAAAUCAAUUAUCUUCAGGAUAAGAUUGCACAGAUAUUCAAAUCGAACAAUGUAGCCAUGCCCAAACGUGAGGGUUUUUCUUUAUAUGAUACUCAGGACGAAGAAGGACUUCAUGAGGGGAAUGCUGACAGCGAGUUUGACGGCGAUGACGAUGAAAUUGAGGAUGUUGUAGAUGAAGGACAAAAUGACUACGAUAUUGGAGAAAUACUGGACUCGAUGUACUACGAUUAUCAUCCUACUCACCAUAUUGAGGUGGAACUUAACACUGAGAACGGCGAAAACAGUUCAAGAACAGUGUUCAAUAAUCAAUAUGAUUAUGAGGACGAUGGAGGCCCAUCAUGCGAAUUCACAUUUGAGUACGAUCCCAGCGGAAAGUUGAUUCCCACGCACAGUAACGUCGAAGAGAAGCUUAGACUCAUGAGCCUCGAGUCUAGAAUGAGAAUUGGGAAGAUGUUAGACCAGAAGGAAGAGGAAAUCUUGAACAAAAUACAACCUGGUUCCGGUGGAGCUUCUGGAUCUAGCAAGAAGAAAAAGAAGAAUAAGAACAAGAACAAGGGUUCAGUGAACGAACAAAUAGAAAAGCCUGAUCCGAGCUGUUGUUUAUUCUGUGAAUACGAAACCAUAUACGGUAUGAGACCAAGGCAAAUGAUUAAAUGGUACGACCAUAAAAUGAGGCAAGAGGAGAUUAGAAGAGAUGAGAUCAGAAAGAAGCUUGAGAGCGCCAAGCUGAAGGCAUUAAAGAAACAGAGGGAGUUAAGACAACGACAACAUCAACAAUUGCAGCAACAGCAGCAGCAGCAGCAACAGCAAAUACUUCAACAGCAACUUCAACAGCAACAGCAACAGCAACAGCAAGAUGAACGACACGAAGUAGAGCAGCACACACAGGUAGUGCACGAAAGAUGA